AUGGAUGGCCGUCCAGACCCAAACACAACCGCAGAGGGUGGUGGCUCAAAUGAGACGUUCUUCUCGGAGGCCGGGAAUGGGAAAUACGUGCCUCGGUCCAUUUUCGUGGACUUGGAUCCCUCGCCCAUUGAUGAGAUCCGGACUGGUCGCUACCGCCAGCUGUUCCACCCCGACCUCCUGGUCAGCGGGAAAGAGGACGCGGCCAACAACUAUGCCCGCGGCCACUACACCAUCGGCAAAGAGAUCCUCGAAAACGUGAUCGACCGCAUCCGCCGCGUAGCCGAAAACUGCUCCAGCCUGCAGGGCUUCCUCGUCUUCCACUCCUUCGGCGGCGGCACUGGCUCCGGCUUCGGCGCGCUGCUGCUGGAGCGCCUCUCGGCGGACUUUGCGAAGAAGUCGAAGCUCGAGUUCGCAGUGUACCCCGCGCCGCAGACGAGCACGGCCGUGGUGGAGCCGUACAAUGCGGUCCUGUCGACGCACAGCACCAUCGAGAAUGCCGACUGCACGUUCUUGGUCGAUAAUGAGGCUGUCUACGAUAUCUGCAAGCGCAACCUGGACAUCCCGCGCCCGGACCAUGAUUCGUUGAAUCGCUUGAUUGCGCAGGUGGUGUCGUCCAUCACGUCGUCGCUGAGAUUCGACGGGCAUCUGAAUGUGGACCUGGGCGAGUUCCAGACGAACUUGGUGCCUUAUCCGCGUAUUCACUACCCAUUGAUCAGCUAUGCACCCGUCAUCUCCGCAUCCAGGAGCUCCCACGAGUCCUUCAAAGUCUCUGAGCUGACCUUCCAAUGCUUCGAACCGCACAACCAGAUGGUCGUCUGCGACCCCGCCAAAGGCAAAUACAUGGCCGUCGCCCUGCUCUACCGCGGGGACGUCGUGCCCCGCGACUGCAGCCUCGCCGUCGCCUCCAUAAAGGCGCGUGCCAGCUUCAAUCUCGUUGAAUGGUGUCCCACCGGCUUCAAACUCGGCAUCAACUGCCAGCGGCCAAUGUCGGUGCCCAAUGGCGAGCUGGCGUCCGUGGACCGCUCGGUGAGCAUGUUGUCCAACACGACGGCGAUCGCGGAGGCGUGGUCGCGGCUCAACCAUAAGUUCGACCUGAUGUAUGCGAAGCGCGCGUUCGUGCAUUGGUAUGUGGGCGAGGGGAUGGAGGAGGGCGAGUUCUCGGAGGCGAGGGAGGAUCUGGCGGCGCUGGAGAGAGAUUAUGAGGAGGUUGCGAUGGACAGUCCUGUGGAGGGGCAUGAAGCGGAGUAUUAG